AAGUGUUAAAGAGCUCACUGAAGAAACAUGUUCAUCGAAUUCGUGUUGACUGCCAUUGGGCUUUUGUUCAUCUGGGACUAUUUGUAUAAGCGGGAGCGCAAGGCGAUUAUGAGCCGAGCGAAAAUAUCGGGACCCAAGGAUUAUCCCAUAUUAGGCAGUGCGCUUUCAUUGCGCAAUCUGGACACAGAAAGUUAUAUAACCAACUCCAUAGAGCGUCGCGAAAAAUAUGGACGCAUGCAGAGCUUCUGGAUACUCCAUCAUCUCAUGCUGGUUGUUGCUGAUGUCAAGUAUAUGGAAGCCAUAUUGCGCAGCCAGAAGCUGAUCAAGAAGAGCAGUCUGUACACCUUCAUGGAGGGCUGGCUGGGCACGGGCUUGUUGCUGAGCACGGGCAAAAAGUGGUUCACUAGACGCCGUAUCAUCACGCCCACUUUUCACUUCAAGAUUCUGGAGCAGUUCGUCGAGGUUUUCGAUCAACAGAGUGAUGUGUUGAUUGAGAAACUGAAGGCCAAGGCCGAUGGUCGCACACCCUUCGAUGUGUUUCCAUUCAUCUGUCUGGCUGCCCUCGACAUUAUUACCGAAACAGCGAUGGGCGUGAAGGUAAAUGCCCAGUCCCAGCCAGAGCUCGACUAUGUAUGUGCAUUGGCGGAGUGUGCGCAGAUUAUGGGCACGCGUUUCAUCUCGCCAACUCAGCGCACAGAUUGGCUUUUCCGCCUCACAUCGCCGGCUAAGUAUCGUCGCCAGCAGGAAUGUAUUGGACUGAUGCACAAGUUCACGAACGGUGUUAUUCAGGAGCGUCGCCAAAAGCUCCAGGCGGUUAAUGCUGCCGGCAAGAGCAGCGAAGAGGAGACCAGUGACGAUGUGGGCACGAAGCGACGAAUGGCCUUCCUUGAUGUGCUGCUGCAAUCGUCGGUUGAAGGCGUGCCACUCAGUAAUGAGGACAUUCGCGAGGAAGUGGACACUUUUAUGUUCGAAGGUCACGACACCACGACCAGCGGCAUUUCCUUCUGUCUGUACGAGGUGUCCCGGCACCCAGAAGUGCAGAAGCAGCUGAUUCAGGAAAUCCACGAUGUCCUGGGCACAGAUCUUAAGCAGCCAGUUUCCAUGCAACAGCUGAACGAGCUCAAGUAUUUGGAGUGUGUCGUUAAAGAGGCUCUGCGCAUGUAUCCCUCGGUGCCGACCAUUGGUCGUGAAACUACAGAGGAUAUACUUGUUGAGGACCUGCUCAUUCCCGCCAAAACGUUGAUCAGUCUGCCUUUCUACAUGGCCAUGCGUGAUCCGGAAUAUUAUCCCGAGCCCGAGAAGUUCAAGCCGGAGCGUUUCAGCAACGAGGAGAAUGCCGCCAAGAUCAAUCCCUUCACGUAUGUCCCCUUCUCAGCGGGACCCCGCAAUUGCAUUGGCCAGAAGUUUGCCAUGUUGGAGCUGAAGAGUACAGUCAGCAAGAUUCUCCGACACUACGAGCUGUUGCCUUUGGGCGAGGCGGUCCGUCCUAUGUUUAAUGUAACCAUACGCUCCAAGAAUGGAGUCCAAAUCGGCCUCAGACCACGCAAUCAACUGUAGAUAGUUUAAUAAUAAUACUUUUUGUUGUUUUUUUUUUAGAUUUAAAGAUUUACUUUUUAGUUUGUAUUGUAGACACCCGAAGCUUUAAAUAAAUAUGCGAAACCAUUUACUUAAAAUCAA